GAGCGGAAUGAGGUCAGUUUGUGUUUGACGAUCGGCGGUACUUGGAUACAGUUCUAGGUGAGACUUCAGAGUACUGCUUCUCCAGUUUGAGUGGAAAAGUGAUAAUUUAGGAUCAAGCGUUUUAAGUGUUUAAAAAACGAUUCUGAAAGUUUGAAUUGAAAAAGUGUGAAGAUGAAUUCCAAGCAAGUGAUUUUGAGUCUAGGACUGUUGUUGGUAGUGGUGGGAUUAGCCGGUGUUCAAGGAGCAACUAUUCGUGAGAAAAGGCAGCUGAACUCUCUGUUGACAUUGAGCGGAGAAGCCAACGCGAGGAUCGAGAAUGGAACCAUCUUCUGCGACACCCUCAAGUGCCCGCCGGAGUCCUUCAAGUGCAUCAUCGUCAAGAACAACACCCGGGAGAACCUGAACCAGAUUGAGGUGACCCGCGAGUGUCUGGACCCGGCCGGAAAGCCCACGGCCAAAACAAUCGAGCGGGAGGCCAACCAGUUCCCGGGAUCGCACUUCGAGAGCUACGCCGAAAUCGACAAAAACGGAAACAUCGCUUCGUUCGACAAUCGGGGAAACUCGUACAACCACUCGGGCAGUGGCGAUCUGCACUCGUACCUGUACAAACAAAUCGACGAACUGCACAAACAGAUCCUGGACCAGCUGCAGGGUACUUCGUCCUCCUACCGGAUUCCUUAGGGAACUCCAUUUGUGGCAGGCGGAUCGGAGAGGCGAACUUCAAGUUAUCUGAUCAGUGGAUUACAACAAAAUUGUAACAGAUUUUGUUACCUAGGACGUAUUUACUAACAAAAUGUGUUAAAGUAUUGACUUAAGGGCAUUGAAAAUAACAAAAUUUGUUUCAUUAAACGAAGGGAAACAAAAUAAGUUAUUAUUUGAACAAAAUUAUGACUCAUUAUGUAACUUUUCAUUACAGAAUUAUAGUUGAUUGAAUUAUUUUCCAUAACAAAAAAAAACAAAAUUGGUUUUAUCAAACAGCUUUUUUUUUUAAUUUUCGCCCUUGAAUAAUUAUUUAAUAUUCCGCAAGUAUCAAGGUUGUUAAAAUAGACCUUCAGUUAAAAAGGCACUAAGUGCCAUGUAUACGUAAUUGCUCUCAAACAAUUUAUAAGAUUGUGUUAUAAUUAUGUUUCCAAUUCAAUCUUAUUUAAAACAGCCUCUGUUAUUAUAUUUUGUCUCAAUUGUGUUAAGAUUCAUAAACUCAGUAUGCUCCAAAUAAAAAUAAAACAAAAUUCUGUUUUUUUGUAACAAAUUUUGAUAUUCUUGACGUACAAUUUUGCUGUAAUCCACCAGUCAGGUCAGGUACUUCAAAUGCACCAAUUAGGUUGUAAUUUGUUGUGAGAGCAUAAAUCUGACUUUAGUAAGAAUUUUCCAAUUGAUUCAAGAAACAAAUGAACGAGAACAGAGCGUGGGAAUUUUUCACACUCGGUCACCCGGAGAUAUCGUCUAGUGAGAUAGCGAUCGGAAUGGGGCGGGUGGGAAUUCCUCUCCACAAUGGGAUCGGGCGAGAUGCGAUGUGAUAGAGGAGGUCCGUCAAACUUGUUCCGCAAGCCAGCGCUGAUUAAUGAACAAGUGGUGUUUUUUGCUGUAAUUGGAUUUGUUCGCAUUAGCAGAGAGGUGUAGACGCUUCCAAGUCACGUGGAUCGGUUAUUGUAAAUUUAUGAUAUGUGAUAUGUAGAUAAAUAAAACUGUUAUUACCCAGA